GUGACCGGCACUCGCCUCGCUGACUGAUCGCACCGGAGGAAUAUUUCGGGAGACUCCUGUGGGAAGCAGUCACGGAAAGACAGAAGAUGAAAGCUCCUAUUCCCAACUUGAUUCUCUUGUAUGCUACUCUGACUCAGAGCUUGAAGGUUGUAACCAAAAGGGGAUCAGCUGAUGGAUGCACUGACUGGUCUGUGGAUUACAAGAAAUAUCAAGUUCUAGUGGGAGAACCUGUUCGUAUAAAAUGUGCACUCUUUUAUGGAUAUAUUAGAGCUAAUUACUCCCUAGCCCAAAGUGCUGGACUUAGUUUGAUGUGGUACAAAAGCUCUGGACCUGGAGAUUUUGAGGAACCUAUAGCUUUUGAUGGAACCAGAAUGAGCAAAGAAGAAGACUCCAUUUGGUUCAGACCAACAGUGGUACAAGACAGCGGGCUCUAUGCAUGUGUUAUAAGAAACUCAACUUACUGUAUGAAAGUGUCCAUUUCGCUGACGGUGGGUGAAAACGACACCGGGCUCUGCUACAAUUCAAAGAUGAAAUAUUUUGAAAAAGCUGAACUUAGCAAAAGCAAGGAAAUCUCAUGUCCUGAAAUUGAAGAUUUUUUAUUUCCAUUUAGGGAGCCUGAAAUUCUGUGGUAUAAGGAAUGCAAGUCAAAGACAUGGAGAUCAAGUAUUGUGUUUAAAAAGGACACUCUUGUCAUUCGGGAAGUUAGAGAGGAUGACAUUGGAAAUUACACCUGUGAGCUAAAAUAUGGAUUCUUUGUUGUCAGAAGAACUACGGAGUUGACAGUUACAGCGCCACUAACAGAUAAACCACCAAAGCUUUUACACCCCUUGGAGAGUAAGCUAACAGUUCAGGAGACCCAGUUAGGUGGUUCUGCUAAUCUAACCUGCAGAGCUUUCUUUGGAUACAGUGGAGAUGUCAGUCCUUUAAUCUACUGGAUGAAAGGGGAGAAGUUUAUUGAAGAUUUGGAUGAUAAUCGAGUCUGGGAAAGUGACAUUAGGGUUCUCAAGGAACAUCUUGGGGAACAGGAGGUUUCCAUCUCAUUGAUUCUUGACUCGGUUGAAGAGGCAGACCUAGGAAAUUAUUCCUGCUACGUGGAGAAUGGGAACGGACGCCGCCAUGCCAGUAUUCUGCUACACAAAAGGGAGCUGAUGUACACAGUUGAGCUUGCUGGUGGGCUUGGUGCUAUUCUGCUGCUGCUUGUUUGUUUAGUGACUAUCUACAAGUGUUACAAGAUAGAGAUUAUGCUCUUCUACAGAAAUCAUUUUGGAGCUGAAGAACUAGAUGGAGAUAACAAAGACUAUGAUGCAUAUCUAUCUUAUACCAAAGUGGAUCCUGACCAGUGGAAUCAAGAAACUGGAGAAGAAGAAAGAUUUGCUCUUGAGAUUCUACCAGAUAUGCUGGAAAAGCAUUAUGGAUACAAGUUGUUCAUACCAGACAGAGAUUUGAUUCCCACGGGAACCUACAUUGAAGAUGUGGCAAGAUGUGUAGACCAAAGCAAGCGACUGAUCAUCGUCAUGACUCCAAGUUACGUGGUAAGAAGAGGUUGGAGCAUCUUUGAACUGGAAACAAGGCUUCGAAAUAUGUUAGUCACGGGAGAAAUCAAAGUGAUACUGAUUGAAUGCAGUGAACUACGAGGAGUUAUGAACUACCAGGAGGUUGAGGCCCUAAAACAUACCAUCAAGCUCCUCACUGUCAUUAAAUGGCACGGACCAAAAUGCAACAAGUUGAAUUCCAAGUUCUGGAAACGUUUACAGUACGAAAUGCCUUUUAAGAGGAUUGAACCCAUGACAAAUGAGCAGGUUUUAGAUGUCAGUGAGCAGGGGCCCUUUGGGGAACUGCAGACAGUCUCCGCAAUUUCCAUGGCUGCUGCCACCUCCACUGCUCUUGCCACUGCCCAUCCAGACCUGCGCUCCACCUUUCAUAACACAUAUCAUUCACAGAUGCGCCAGAAACACUAUUACCGGAGCUAUGAGUACGAUGUACCUCCUGCUGGCACCCUGCCUCUUACCUCAAUAGGUAACCAGCACACCUACUGCAACAUCCCCAUGACACUUAUAAACGGGCAGCGGCCGCAGACAAAAACUAACAGGGAGCAGAACCCCGAAGAGGCUCACACAAACAGUGCCAUACUGCCCCUCCUGCCACGGGAGACCAGUAUAUCCAGUGUCAUUUGGUGACCGACAUGCAAGGGGCUGUCAACCCCCUUGAGUAGGAGCAGAGUCUGCAGUCUGGUGCCUGGAACUACAUCCUCGACUGCUGCUGUUAAACACGCAUUACAAUCGAUAACAAACGAGG